CGGGGAAAGGGCAAAUGUGCUAGAGCCUGCGCGGAGCGUACCCCCGUAAAUGUGACAAUUUCGUCCUCUGUGAGACGUUUGGUACACUUUCGGAUAUUUCUGGUCAAAGUAGAGCAGAAUGGACCUGGAAGAACUGCUGAGAGACGCAGACGACCUGGUGGAACCGUCCCCUUAUAGAGAAACGCCGGUCACAGUCGUCGGUACCGGGCGGGCCGCCUUCCACCCAACCUGCGGCGCCGCCGGGGAGCUUGUUGGCGUUCGCAACACGAUCCUUCAAAGCAGUCACCCGGUCCGACUGUCGGUGCCGCGCUACGCCAGUACGAAUCCUCUGAGCCAGUGGCUGUACGUGUCCACACAGGGAGGGGGGCUGACGGACGGGCAGCACAUGGAGGUGGACGUCACCGCGGGGAGAGGGUGCACCGUGAUCGUCACCACACCGUCGUUUAUAAGGGCACUGCAGUGCGACAGACUGGGCAGCGGCCAGACCGUGCGCUGUACGGCAGAGGAGGGUGCACUGCUGGCGUACCUCCCAGAUCCUGUCGUCUGCUACACCGGAGCAACAUUCCAGAAACAGCAGGAGUUUUAUCUUCAUGACGACGCCAGCCUGGUUGCCGUUGACUGGUUAUCGGCAGGAAGAGUUGCCCUGGGCGAGAGAUGGGAGCUCAAAGGCUAUCGCUCGUUUACCAACAUCUAUGUCAGAGAUAAAAUUGUGUGCAACAACGCGACAGCUUUGGGCAACUGCCCUUCCAGCAAAACACAAAAUAUCAUGGGAAGUCAUGACGUCAUCGGGACCUUCGUUCUGAUUGGUCCAGCAACGGUUGGCGUCUAUCAAAGGAUACUGCAGGGAGACUUGAACGGCAAGCAGAAGGGCGUUGACGUAAAAGCGACUCCUAUCAACCCAGACAAAAACAGCAAGGAAGUGAUCGGAGUCAACGUCAAAUUUUACGCCGAAACGACACAACAGGUCUAUGAAUUUCUUCGAAAUGUACUACAAGACUUCGUCCCGGCCUUUGGUGGUGACCCAUUUAGGGACAAGUAG